UAUGCGUGAGUGUGUGUGUGUGUGUGUAGUGUGUGUGGGUACAACAUGGGGAGAGGGGCAGAGGGUGGCUGGCACGCCCAAGCUCCAGCGCCGAAUGACGCCCAUCUGUUGUUUCUUCUCUGUGCGACCUGCACAGCAGAAGAACGCAAUCAGCGGCGCCGUGGGCGGGUGGAUCGUCUGUUUAUAAAUCCAGAUCUCUCUCCCGUGGGCGGGAACGGCAACAGUAAGACGAGCGAAAGAGGGGCGCAUGAGGAGUGAGAGAGACCGAGACGUGGAUGAGCUGAGGCUGUGGCGGCGGCUGUGGUUGACCGGGGUCCGCGGAGGGGGCGAGGCGUCCGCCCCUGCAUGCGACUUCAGCCGCGCAUGGACGACCACCUCAGCCUCCUGCAAUCACCCCCGCCGAGCGCGACCAGAACCCGAGGCGACAACCUGGUGAACCACGGCUACACCGAGACGGAGGCCGACGUUAUGACGGUCGUGGCGUGUGACAACAUGCUGGAGGAGUCGGCGGCUCUGCCGGGCCACCACUCUCUGGACCGAUACGAGCCGGAUCACGAGUGCUGUGAGCGGGUGGUCAUCAACAUCUCGGGGCUGCGCUUCGAGACGCAGCUGAAGACUCUGUCCCAGUUUCCAGAGACGCUGCUGGGGGACCCCAAGAAGAGGAUGAGAUACUUUGAUCCCCUCCGGAACGAAUACUUUUUCGAUCGGAACCGACCCAGCUUUGAUGCCAUUCUCUACUACUACCAGUCUGGCGGGCGCAUCAGGAGACCCGUCAAUGUGCCCAUUGACAUCUUUUCCGAGGAGAUACGCUUCUACGAGCUGGGCGAGGAAGCCAUGGAGAAGUUCAGAGAGGACGAGGGCUUUAUUAAGGAGGAGGAGCGGCCGCUGCCAGAUAAUGAGUUUCAGAGGCAGGUGUGGCUGCUCUUUGAGUACCCAGAGAGCUCGGGUCCCGCCCGGGGAAUCGCAAUAGUGUCUGUCCUGGUCAUUCUCAUCUCCAUUGUCAUCUUCUGCUUAGAGACACUGCCAGAGUUCAGGGACGAGAACAGGGACCCGAUCACCAUUGCGCCCCUGACAAACGGCACGCUGCCCUAUUUCAUCAGCCCCUUCUCAGACCCCUUCUUCGUCGUGGAGACGCUAUGCAUCAUUUGGUUCUCGUUCGAGCUGCUGGUGCGCUUUUUCGCGUGCCCGAGCAAAGCCACGUUCUCCAAAAAUAUCAUGAACAUCAUUGACAUCGUUGCCAUCAUCCCCUACUUCAUCACGCUGGGCACGGAGCUGGCAGAGAGGCAGGGGAACGGGCAGCAAGCCAUGUCUCUGGCCAUCCUGCGCGUAAUCAGGCUCGUUCGGGUGUUUCGCAUCUUCAAGCUCUCGCGUCACUCCAAGGGCCUGCAGAUUCUAGGGCAGACUCUGAAGGCCAGCAUGCGCGAACUGGGGCUGCUCAUCUUCUUCUUGUUCAUCGGGGUCAUCCUCUUCUCCAGCGCCGUCUACUUCGCCGAGGCGGACGACCCGGAGUCGGGGUUUAGCAGCAUUCCGGACGCGUUCUGGUGGGCGGUCGUCACCAUGACCACCGUGGGUUACGGGGACAUGCACCCCGUGACGAUCGGGGGUAAGAUUGUGGGAUCCCUGUGCGCGAUAGCCGGCGUGCUGACUAUAGCGCUGCCCGUGCCAGUCAUCGUCUCCAACUUUAACUACUUCUACCACAGGGAAACAGACGGCGAGGAGCAGGCGCAGUACCUGCACGUCGGGAGCUGUCAACCCCUGGCGGACACGGAGGAGCUGAGGAAGACUCGGUCUUCCUCCUCCCUCAGUAAAAGCGAGUACAUGGUGAUAGAGGAGCACGGGAUCAACAGCACGUUCAAGCAGCCGCCCAACUUCCCCACCACCACCACAAGCACCGCUCAGAACAACUCCCAGAACUGCGUGAACAUAAACAAAAAGAUCUUCACCGACGUGUAAGCCAGUUUUUGAGCAAAUGACCACUGGGCACAGGAAGACGUGACGUGUCAACGCACAGCUCCGGCAGCGUUUGGAAGCAACCGUAGAUAAAAUGCGCGCAAAGGCGGCUGGAGUUUAAAGAGAUGCUUUGUGCUCCAUUAAAAAAUUUGGAUACUUUUUUUUUUACAUCCUAUAUAUAUUCAAGCAGUUUUCACUUAGAAAGACAGAGUUGCUCCCUAAAAUCUACAGUUUUUUUCUUCCUGAAUGGAAGGUAUAAACCUGUUAUGUGCCGUGCAUUAGCCAAUACCUUAAACGCAUCACAAAAAAAGGUAGAAAUAAAAGCUUUAUGAUUGUGAAAGAUGAAUACAAGUGAAUGCUCCUGUCAGUGGACGCUCACGCGUUAUUUGUCGUGCGUUAAGAGUCGUGAUCCGCCGGUAAAACACUAUAUGUAUUAUACUCGGAGUCAUUUAAAUAUAUGUGUAGCCUCUAUGUGUGGUCAAACACAUGUAAUGUCAGAUAAGCAUAAUCCAGCAUAUAUAUAUCAUAUAAACCGUUUUGUGGUAUGUCUUUAUGGUGCGUUAAAAUCCUAGUCUAAAUGCUGCUGUCUUGAUAUCCCUAGAUAUAAACUGUCGUGGUAGGCUAUUUAAUGCGUAAACGGCGCCACGUAGACCACCAGAUCAAGGCUGCCGUCGGGGUCUCGUUAUUGGUGCGGGGCGCACGUGAGAAGAGAAACAAAACAGGGAGCGCUCUCCGAUCAAAGAUGGAGCGCGUUUCUCUCUGUGUGGAAGCCUCAAAUAGAGCCCGCUGUGAUGCACUCUCCAUGGCGACGCGCGUUUCCUCGGUAACCCCCCCCCCGCCCCCCCCCCUCUGCCACCGUUGCCAUAGCAUCACUGUUUCCACAGUAACCUCCCAGAUGGUUUCGGAGCUAUAUUGGAGAUUCUGGUGUGACGGGCUCGCCUUUUCAGUGUCUUAAUCAAUCAGACCAAAAACAUUUCCGGAUGGAUUCAGCGACUGUUUUAAAGGCUGAUUGCACAAGAAAAACACGAAUAAAUAAAUAAAUACAAAUCAUUGAAAACCUCAGCCACGCUGAACAGGUCAACAAGUCAAAUCGGUGUUGUGACGGGAGAGUGGAAGACAGCGGCAGCGUGAGAGGAAUUAUGAAUGGACUGAAAAUACGAUGCAUGACGGUCCUGAGUGCACCGCCGCUGGCGCCCAGCAGAGGACGAUGUUCUCCCACUGACAAAAAAAUGGUGAAAGAAUUUAAUUCUGCUCAAACCUCCUGGAUCCCCUGAUGAUCUCAUUUGAGCUGUUUCCCUUUAAGGACUGCAGAGGCUCCCCUUCUAGGUCUGCUGGACUGGAUGGACCACGUGUUGGAAUUCAGACAACCAUCCCUGCGGUUCAGAUCUACUUCGCCUGCCUUCUUAAUUUCAAAUGGUGCCCUCAAACCGGACAAAAGGCCGUAACUAGCAAUUCAAUCAGAAAUACUUAAUCGACAGUCACAGAAUGCUGUUCUCACCAAGUAUUGUAGCAUACAGUUUGGACUUGAUUCUCUAUGAAUGGAGCCUUUACAGGAUCAAAAGUAAUUUAGAUAUCCUAAAACAUUCAGCUGGAAUCGUGUAAUGGAUAUUUUUUCACCACACUGCUGUCUAAAGGACAUUUAAAAGCACAGUUCCAGAAGUCUGCCAGCAUUUUUUGCAAAGCACCUUUCAAUAUUCUGGGACUUUGAUUUGUUUUUAUUUUAUAUAUUUUUUUUACUUUAUUUUUUAUUUAUUUUUUACCAAAAUGUCAUUAUAAUCAUGGACAAUAAAAAAAACGAAGAAUUUGAAAGGAAGUACAAACGUGUCAAAAAAACUGAGUUCAUCUGUGAUUUGACUGAUAUGAAACUGUGAUACCAAUCGAAGACUGUUAGCCAUAUGCCUUUGUUCUAUGUGUGUGUGCUCUGUGUUGCUAAAUAUGUGGAACAGGCACAUUUUUCUGUGUGCUGCUGGCUGCUGCUAAUCCUUUGAUGUAAUCACGGAGAACAACACAAAUGCAUUUAGACACAUGUCAACACAGACACCUUAAAACAUAUGCACACAUACGUUUUCACGUCCCACCUCUAUCUCGGAGUGCACUUUGUUUUAUUUUUAUUUUUUUGUUCUCCAUUUGGAAUAGAGCAGAAUAUUGACCAGUGUGUACCCAGAUUCAUUCUGCAUUGUGCACUUUCUUCAACAUGGCCCAUAUAAAGAAA